AUGAUCCGCCAGCCGCAGGCGAGCUACGGCCACGGCCGAAGGAUAGGAAUGUGGCGUGGCCGCUGGGGGCUACGAGUGCGCCAUGGCGGCGUCCGGCUGCGCCUGCUGCUCCGGGUACGCCUGCGCUUAUCCGGCAUCGUCGGACUGCUCCUCCGGAGAGUGGAGGAACUCAGGUGCCGCCCCGGAGGCAGGGCCUGCAGGUGGUCGGCUCCGAGAGCGUCAUCAGGGCCUGCGCCGUGUCGCCGCGCCCGGAUACCCGAGAGGGACCAGAGCUCCUUCUACGCGGAGGCCAUCGCCGACUGCCUCGAGUUCAUCAAGAGCAGGUCGUCCUACCGUCCUGUGAAUGAUGGUAGGGUUUAG